AAUCAAUCUCAGUAACAUAACAAUCCACAACGACCUCACACUCACUUCACUUCACUUUACUUCACUUCACUCAACUCACUCAUAUCCACAAUUCACAUAGGUCUUCCGACUAUGACGUGCACUUCUGAGCAGGUUCGGAGCGUCUUUGCUCGAAUCGCCUCGUCCUCGGUCACGUAUCCGCAGGGCUUCCUCUCCACUUCCUCGACCUCGUCCUCGACUUCAGGAUCCGAUGCACCGGCCAUCACCGUCACGACUGUCGCCAAGCAGCGCGACCUCGAGCGCAAGCAGCAGCGCCAGUUCCUCCGCUCCUUCUGCGUCCCGUCCGGCCUCGCUCAACCUGCUCAACCUGCUCAACCUGCUCAACCUGCUGCUGCCGUCUGGUCGGCGCCCUUCCCCGUGGAUGUCAGCGACAUGUCCCUGAUCUCAGUGUCGCCGAGCGGGCGCAGGAUGCUUGUCGUGCGCAAGGCUGCGCCAAAGUCGCUCGGCCCUGCCUCUGCCGGUGCCGCCGCCAAGGCAGUCCAGUUCCUCGAGCUCUGGGAGGCCGAUCGCAUGGUGUACACGGUCUCGUCCGAUGGCAAGCACGAGGCAGUCUUCCGGCCAGACGACGGCAUUGGCGCCAUUUCGUGGUCCAACGACGAGUCGUCCAUUCUGUAUCUCGCCGAAGCGUCUCAGAAACUCGUUUCGCUGUGGGAAUCCUCCGCACCGACGACCACGACGGCCAAGUCUGGCUCUGCAUCCGCAGCGACUGCUACUGCAACCGCUGCGUCGUCGCUGAACAAGUACGAGCUCGUCGAAGAUUGGGGCGAAGGCUACAGCGGAAAAGGUCGUCCUGUGCCGUGCAUUGUCGAGUUCCCGCUGGCGGCUGAGUCGGGCGUGCCGUCCAUCACUGUGCUCGAUGGCUGCAUGCGACCCAUUCCGGGCUACGGUCCGCUGUACACGCCUGCAGACGCGCUGCUGGUGCAGCACGCCGGAUCCGUGACCGACCUCGGCGACGGGCGCAAAUUCCACGGCAUUCUUGUCUUUGUCGCGUACUCGGAGGCUGGCUACAAUGGCCGCCGCCUGGGUCUGCGCUUUUGCAACAACCGCGAUGCCAUUCUGGCGGCCGUGCCGAUUGUGACUGGCGCUGGAGCUGCCUUGGAUGUUGGCUCGGUCAAGCUGCUUCACAACCGAGGCUUUAAUGCGCGCUCGCCUCGCUUUGUGCCCUCGACCAGCAGCGUUGUCUACCUGGAGAAUGACAUUGGCUCGGCGCACAAUGCGUGCUCGCGCAUGCGCUCGGUCAAAAUCCCAGCGUUCGAGUCUGCGGACGCAUGGAAUGCCUGGCAGCCCGCUAACUCGCUGCUUGUUGAUGCUGUUCACAUCCCGGCCGGGGUCGCCCAGUGGAAGGACAAGCAAGUCCCGGCUCUGGAUGCCAGCUCGGGCCAAAGCUUGCUGGACGAUCCCGCUCGUGGCUCGUGGGAGGCGCUCGGCUUUACCGGCAUUUGGGUCAACCAGCUGCCUGAGCGCGGUCUGCUCGCAGGCGGUCGUUACAUUGUGACGGACACGGCCAUCGGCUCGACGCGCCACAUUGUGGCCAUUGACACGCAGUCCGGCGCCGUUAUUCCGCUGACUGUUGCCGCUCGUGGCCUCUACCGCGGCCAAGCUGCCGAAGAGCCGCUGACGGAAGGCAGCUGGCAAGUCCUUGCUGUUGACGCCACCCACAACUUGAUUCUCGCCGCGUUCAGCACGCCUUCGCUCGCCCCGGCGCUCUGGCUCACGCGCAUCGAUCCCGCGCAAGUCGGCGCAUCCUUCUCGUCCAAGUGGACGUGCAUCACUGCCGACAAGCCCGCGCGUGUUCCCGUCCAAGUGCACAUGCUCCGCUUUGUGGACAAUGCGACCAGCGUUCCGUGGGAGGCUGUGAUUGUCUCGGCCGCCAACGAGUCGGCUGAGGCCCUGGCCAAGCGGCCGCUGGUCUCGUACCCUCACGGCGGCCCUCACAGCGUCUUCCCGCUCGAGUGCACUCCAUCGUUCACGGCAUUUACCGAGCUAGGUUACAAUCUUGUCCUCGUCAACUACCGCGGCUCUGUCGGCUACGGCCAGAGCAGCAUCAACACGCUGCUCGGUGCGAUCGGGCGCAUGGAUGUUGACGAUGUGCACCUUGCCACCCGCACGGCUCUCGCCCGCGGCUUUGGCGACGCGUCUAAGGUCAUUGCUUUUGGCGGCUCGCACGGCGGCUUCCUCUCCAUCCACAUGACCGGCCAGUUCCCGGACGUCUACAAGGUCUGUGCCAUCCGCAAUCCUGUCGUCAGUCUCCCGCUGAUGGUCGCCAACACGGACAUUGCCGAUUGGUGCUUCUCCGAGAGCGGCGUUGCGCGUGUGUACAACCCGGCGCACCAAGACGACGACAUGGUCGUUGAAGCGGCAGUCAAGUUUGCCGGUGCCGACCCCAAGAGUCUCUUCGAGCUCAGCGCCCAGUCUGCCGAGCUCAUGCUCAAGGCGUCUCCCAUCUAUCACGUCGAUGCCAUCAAGGCCCCGACGCUCGUCGUGCUUGGCGCGUCCGAUCGUCGCGUCCCACCAUCCCAAGGCACCGGGCUGUACUUUGCGCUGAAGGCCCGCGGUGUACCCAGCAAGCUUCUGAGCUAUCCCGAGAAUGGCCACGGCAUUGCCGAUGUUGAAGCCGAAUGCGACUUUUUCGUGCAUUCGCUGGCCUGGAUCCAGCAGCAUUUGACCAAGUGAAGGCUUUGUGUGCAUGAUUCUUCUGCUGUUUUGCUUGCUGUUGCGCUGUGUGUGUGUGUGUGGAAAUUCGCGCUGCUGUCUUUCCAAAGCAAUUCAUUUUCUUCAUCACCAAA